AUGCAGGCAGAAUCAGCAGUGGUCACAGUUCAGGCUAAAGGUAUUUCCACAAGAACUGUGUCCACUCAGGCAGAGGUCAGACACAAACAUGCAGGUUUCCAGACUCCUGGCUGUGGGGAGUGCCAGAAUUUCUCACUUCACAUGUCAGACUGCACAAACUACACCCGUGCGCAUCGUGACCAGGUUAAAGACCUUCUCUCUCUAGUGGCUGAGCUGAAGGAGGAAGUUGAAAGACUGCAGACUAUCAGGGAGUGCAAUCAGGAGCUAGACUGCUGUGCUGCCUUCCCCUCCCUCAUCCACCUCCACAUCAAGGGGAACACACAGGUCCUGCAGACGGACUCUGGCUGUUUAGAGAAACUAGCAGCAGUUUAAACACUAGGUUCAAGUAAGAGCCAUACUGAGAGUUUUGAGUGCUUCAAGGAAGCACUGACAGGUUUGAGCAGCCUUCAGUAACUGAAUCUGGGCCACAACAUAAAGCGCCACGUCCAAGAUGUGCUCAUUAAGAACAGUGCUAACCCAGAGCUACUGAAUGUAGCUUUCAUUCCUCUUCAUGUCAGCACUUCACAGGGUCCUCAGUGAAAUUUGCAUCUUUAGCAAGUGCUGAAUGUUUCCUCCUCCCACAUUAUUAUUAGCAUUCAGCAUCUCUUUCAAGGGCUGGAAAACCUCAUGCACUUGGACCUUAGUCAAAAUAACUUUGAGUUGGGGAACAUGCCAAAGAACAAACUGUUCAAACAGCUAUCCAAUUUAGAGGUGCUAAUAUUAUCAUCCUGUGAACUGACAGCAAUAGGCAACCAAGCACUCCACACCCUUGAGAAGUUACAGCAUGUUGAUCUGAGCCACAACAAACUGUUGAGCACAGAUGCAUUUUUAAACCUCAGGAACAUCUAUCUCAAUUUUGCCCACAAGAAGACUCAUGUGUCUGUAUCCUGUGACAAGCUAUCACACCUAGAUAGCCACUUUGUCAUCAAAUUAAGAUACAAUCUUCUGGAUUGCAGCUGCUCUGAUAUUGGUUUAGUCACCUGAUACAUACAGAAUCUGGAUACAAUAGAAGACUCCAAAGGAAUAAGGUGCUUUCAAACCAAACUGCUUGCUGGGACUCAGCUGGCCAUCAUCUCACUCUUCUGUGGGUUGAACACAGCAGGAAUCAUCAUAGCAGACCUGGCUGUUACCCUGUGGUACCAUCUUCAUUUGGGGUGCUCACUAUUACAAGAGAAACUGCCAGCAAAUGUAAGUUCCUGA